CGAUAAGCGUGUGGCUUUUGACUAUGAUCUGCGGAAAGCGGAUGGGGAGUGCCACCAAGGUACAGUACAACAGGGACCUUGAGGCCGCAGCUCCCACCACAUAAAAGGAUGACGACGACGAGAUCCUCUUUUCCUCCCAAUACUCUGUGUUGCCUCUCAGCCUACAAUCUACCAACAUGCAUUGCAUGCUAGACAAGCUACCUUUGGAACUCUUGGAGUUCAUCUGCGAUGAGCUCGAAACGCAUGAUCUUGCCUCACUUCUGGGAACUUGUCGCCAGACAUAUCACCGAACAAUCCAUCGACUGGCUCAGCGCUACUCGGAGGUUCACCUUGACUUCUCCAAAGGUAGUCUCAAUCAAAUCCACGCCAUUGCCAACAAUGAAGUUAUGCGACAGCAAGUUCAGCGGUUGGUGGUAAUGGCUCCCGAGCCGUUCCUGGGCCGCAAUCUCGACUGGCAGCGCAGCGCCGCAGGUCACAUUCUCAACCCCCUCGAGGUUCCUACCAUCAGGCAAUUCCGCAAUGACUUGGUUGAUAAGCUGGUCAACUGUCGAUCGUUCAUCAUCUCGCCACUUGGGAGCCACCUUGCCCCCGAGGAAGACAACACGGAUGCGCCCGAUGAUCGACAUUUCAGCCCAGACGAUGCCGCGAGCAUCCUGCUUGAUAUCAUCGCUGAUUCCGCUCUGCCCGUGAAGCUGUUUUGGUACGGAAGGGGCACAAACUACAAUUCCGACAUUAUGAAUAUCCAGCGACUGCCGAAAGCUCUGUUCACCAGUCCGCGCUUUCGCAGCGGAUGGGGGUCACUCACGAACCUACAUCUAGAGCACAAGCUCACUCCUAACAACUAUUCUUUCCUUCUGAAUAUGCUUCUCAACACCCCGAAUCUCCGGAAGCUUUACCUCAGCCUGGCCCCGAAAGAUCUUGCAAUUGAGUUCUACUCGCAUGUCGCCAAGUCAGAUGCUCUAUCUUGCGUGUUGGAGAGGAUCUCACUCUGCUAUACAGCCAUCCGGCCGUCAGAUCUCAUGCAUAUCCUCAGCUGGUCUCGGCAAAGUCUGAAGCGGCUGGUCCUGACGCAAGUCGGCGGCAUAUCGGCGGAUUUACCACAAUUACAUGACCACUUGAUUAGUUACCCCUGUUUGGAGAAUUUGGACUUCAGAAUGUGCCAAUAGUCGGGGAACGGAAUAUGAUCUGCCACAUGAGAUACGAAUUACGCUUUUUCUUUGUUCCCUACGCUCCUUGCCUUCACGGAUUCCGGCCGCAAGUCUGCGCAGCUUUUAUCUUUCCCUUGUCAUGGCACCUGUCGACACUGCAAGAAAUUCACAUUCACAACGAUAUCGUUCGAAGGGCCCGUUCUGGAUGCCCCCUUCCAGCUUCCGGGUAAAGCGAAAUUAUAGCUCGAAUUCACGAAUCGACGGACUGGGUGGACCGACCAUUGUGCCUCUUACACAGGGACGAGAGCACGGGCUGUCCCAACAUCCUAGCUACAUAUUAUGGCUUGACUCUUGAAUAAAAUCUUGUCACCGUUGAGCGGUACAGACACUUGGAU